AUGGCGACCGCGCGCGCGUGGUCGAACGCACACGCGAGCGCGUCGCGUUCAACUGCGCGCGCGCGGGUCGAGCGGCGACGGGGAUGCGUCGUAAUCCGCGCGAGCGGUGGGGACGAAAAGGAGGGCGUCUCGUACGACGUCCCGUACGACGUCGUGAACGGCGGGAGCGAGGAUGGAUACGAACUGCGGGUAUAUGGGGCGUAUUACGUCGCGGCGACGCCGUACGAGAACCGCGAGGAAGGGCUGGCGACGCUGAUGGAGUACAUGGAGGGCGGAAAUGCAGAGCGGGCGAUGUAUCCGCCCACGCAGCCGCUCACGACGAGGUACUUCGAGGGAGGGAAGACGAUGGAGCUCGCGCUUCUGGGACGACGGGCAAAAGAGAGCAUCGCGGCGCCGAACGAAGAGAGCGAGGUGAGGGUCAUCGCGAGCGGGGCGGAGCUCGUUGCGGCGGUCGGCUUUGAGGGGAACGCCACGCCCGAGGUGGCAGAGUUUUAUCGAUCCAAGCUCGUUGCCGCGCUCAAGGCGAACGGAAUGGCGUGUUCGAACGAGCAGGAAUUUAGAAUCAACACGUUUGGGCCGUUGUACAGCUUAAAGACGCGACAAAACGAACUUUUGGUCAAGGUUGAGGUUUAG